AUGACUACUGCUCCAGUUCAUAAAGUUGUUCAUGAAGCAAAUGAUGUUAUUCCAAGACCAACUCCAAAAGAAUUCUUUCAAAAACAACCAAACCCAGGUCAUAUCAAAAGUUUAGAUCAUUAUCAUGAAUUAUAUCAACAAUCAAUCAAUGAUCCAGCUGGUUUCUUUGGCCCUUUAGCUAAAGAUCUCUUAUCUUGGGAUAGAGAUUUCCAUACCGUUAAAUCAGGUACUUUAGAUCAAGGUGAUUCUGCUUGGUUCUUAGGGGGUGAAUUAAAUGCUUCUUUCAAUUGUGUUGAUAGACAUGCUAUUUCAAAACCAAAUGAAACUGCUUUAAUCUAUGAAGCUGAUGAUGAAAAAGAUUCUUAUAAAUUAACUUGGUCUCAAUUAUUAAAUGAAGUUUCUAAAGUUGCCGGUGUUUUAAAUAGUUGGGGUAUUAAAAAAGGUGAUACCGUGGCUAUUUAUUUACCAAUGACUCCUCAAGCUAUCAUUGCCAUGUUAGCGGUAACAAGAUUAGGUGCAAUUCAUUCAGUUAUAUUUGCUGGUUUUUCAUCUGGUUCAAUCAAAGAUAGAAUCAAUGAUGCUAAAUCAAAAGCUUUAAUCACUUGUGAUGAAGGUAAACGUGGUGGUAAAGUUAUAAAUAUAAAGAAAUUAUGUGAUGAUGCUUUAGAUCAUUGUCCAUCCGUUGAAAAAGUUUUGGUUUUUAAAAGAACUGGUAAUGAUCAAAUUGCCUUAAAAGCUGAUAGAGAUUUCUAUUGGGAUGAAGAAACCGCUAAAUUCUCCGGUUAUUUCCCUCCUAUCCCAGUUAAUUCAGAAGAUCCUUUAUUCUUAUUAUAUACUUCUGGUUCAACCGGUACUCCAAAAGGGGUUGUUCAUACUACUGCUGGUUAUUUAUUUGGUGCUGCUUUAACUACCAAAUAUAUCUUUGAUAUUCAUCCUCAAGAUAUCUUAUUCACUGCUGGUGAUGUUGGAUGGAUUACAGGUCAUACUUAUGCCUUAUAUGGUCCAUUAUUAUUAGGGGUUCCAUCCAUUGUAUUCGAAGGUACUCCAGCUUAUCCUGAUUAUGGUAGAUUCUGGCAAAUUGUUGAAAAACAUAAAGCCACUCACUUUUAUGUUGCACCAACUGCUUUAAGAUUAUUAAGAAAAUCAGGUGAAGCUGAAAUUCCAAAAUAUGAUUUAUCAUCAUUAAGAACUUUAGGUUCUGUUGGUGAACCAAUUAGUCCUGAUAUUUGGGAAUGGUAUAAUGAAAAAGUAGGUCAAAAUAAAUGUCAUAUUUCUGAUACUUAUUGGCAAACUGAAUCUGGUUCUCAUUUUAUUGCUCCAAUUGCUGGUAUUACUCCAAAUAAACCAGGUUCAGCUUCUUUACCAUUCUUUGGUAUCAAGACUUGUCUUAUUGAUCCAGUUACUGGAAUUGAAAUCGAAGGUAAUGAUGUUGAAGGUGUUUUAGCUAUAAAAGAUACUUGGCCAUCAAUGGCAAGAUCAGUUUGGAAUAAUCAUACUAAAUAUAUGGAUACUUAUUUAAAUCCAUAUCCAGGUUAUUAUUUCACAGGUGAUGGUGCUGCCAGAGAUAAUGAUGGUUAUUAUUGGAUUAGAGGUAGAGUUGAUGAUGUGGUUAAUGUUUCAGGUCAUAGAUUAUCCACUGCUGAAAUCGAAGCUGCUUUAAUUGAACAUAAAGGGGUAAGUGAAGCUGCUGUGGUUGGUAUUCAUGAUGAUUUAACUGGUCAAGCCGUCGUUGCUUUCGUUGCUUUAAAAGAUGAUUUAUCAGCUAAAGUUUUAAAUAAUGAAACUAGUGAAGAAGCUUUCAGUUUAAGAAAAGAAUUAGUAUUAACUGUUAGAAAAGAAAUUGGUCCAUUUGCUGCUCCAAAAUCAGUUAUUAUCGUGGCUGAUUUACCAAAAACUAGAUCAGGUAAGAUCAUGAGAAGAAUCUUAAGAAAGAUUUCUUCUUACGAAGCUGAUCAAUUAGGUGAUAUUACCACUUUAUCAAACCCAUCAUCUGUUGCCGGUAUAAUUGAAUCAUUUGGUCUUCAAUUCGGUAAGAAAUAG